AUGUGCCCUCACGUGGCCAACAACGGCCUCGGACAGCCUCUCCUCCUCCGCAACGGCAGCGACAGCACCGGAACGUGGUUCGCGACGCACCAGUUCAUAGCCGAGAUGAUCUUCCACGCACGUGUUGAAAACCACCCGUGCCGAACGUGGGAGCCAAACAAUGCCGACAUUUUCUACGUUCCCUUUUACGGUGGGCUCUACUCUUCAAGCGUGUUCAGAGAACAAAACCUAACGAAGCGCGACGAGCUAGCCGUUAGAUUAGUCGAAUUUGUUAGCAGUCAAGGAUGGUGGAAGAGAAAUAACGGUCGAGAUCAUUUCUUGGCGAUUGGAAGAACAGCUUGGGAUUUCAUGCGAGAUGAUGAUGAAGACUUUGGAGCAAACAUACUCAUGCAGAUGCCACGUGUCAUGAACAUGUCGGUGCUGACCGUUUAG